AUGUGGGAUGACUGUGAAUUUUAUCCAGAAAAUGGAAUUGAAGUUCUUCUUCUCAUGUCCUUCGUGAAAAUUGGAGAUAACAAUGAGCUAAGGAUGCAUGAUCAGCUUAGAGACCUCAGUAGGGAUAUUGUUCAUCAAGAAAAUUUCAAGGAACCGGGGGAGCGUAGUAGGGCGUGGUUGCAUAAGGAAGCCUCCGACAUAUUGGAGACUCAUACAGGAACAAGAAAGGUUGAAGCUCUCUGUGUUGACUUUGGUUUAGAGUCACACGCAUGCUGUCUUACAAAUGAAGAAUUUUCAGACCUAUCUAAUCUUAGGUUCCUUCAAAUGGGGACUAUGCAAACCUGGAUGGAGAUUUUAAGCAUUGCUAGAAAGUUGAAAGCUCUAAAUCUCACAGGUUGCAGUUACAUGGUUAGAACUCCUGACUUCUCUGCAUAUGAAACUUUAGAAAGAUUGAUUCUUGAAGAGUGUGAGAGUUUGGUUCAUAUUGACCCAUCAAUUGGGUAUCUUAAGAGUAUAGUUUUCUUAAAUUUGAAGAAUUGUGCUAAACUCAGCAGGCUGCCUGUGGAAUUUGAUUCUGUGGAAAGUUUAACGGAACUCCUCAUCGAGGGCACUUCUAUAGAAGAAUUCCCUGUUGGUAGAGGUGUUAUGAAGAAGCUUGAAACUCUUAGUGCCACUUGUUGUGGGUCAUUGACUCAAAUUUCUACCUCAAUCAGUGACCUAAAAUCUCUUUCAGUCCUUACAUUUGAUCUUACAAAACUUCCAGACUCCAUUGGGAAAUUGGAAUCAUUAAUUGAGUUGCGCUUGUUUGGAACAAGAUUUACAGAUUUACCUGAUACCAUUGGCAACCUAAAAAGUUUGAGAGUUCUUGAUAUUGAUUAUUCUUUUAUAAUGAAGUUACCUAGUACCAUCGGAAUGUUACUGAAACUUGAAGAAUUACAUGCCUCGCAUUGUUACAAUUUAAAAGGUGAAAUUCCCAGUAAUGUUGAGAGAGUAUCCUGUCUGAGAAUCUUAAGAAUAGACUGUACAAAUAUUUGUAGCCUACCAACAAGCAUUGGGCUUUCUCACCUCCAAACCCUUGAUUUACUCGGUUGCAGAGAGCUUCAGUUUCUGCCAGAGCUUCCCUCAAGUCUAGUAAUUGAUGAAACAUCCAUGUCAGUUAUUAAUUAUCAUUGCAGAAGGUUGUUGAACACUAGUAUUUAUGCAGUUUUGGCUUUGGUGGUGUUAUGGGAUGCUGCUGCUUCUCUUCGCUUGUCUUUGGUCAAUUUGGCAGAUCUGACGUAUACUAUUGUGCUUAAUUUCUUCAGCCUUGUAAAUUGUACAUUUGUCAGUUUGAUAGCCUGCUACAGUUUGGGCUAUAUAUUGUCUGUAGCAUUUUGA